AUGGGCCUGGACGACUUCCCUCGACCGCCAACCCAUCGUGGGGGACUCUCGAGACCAGACAGCUCCAGCCAAUUCCAGCCUCAGCGCCACGACCGAAGUUACUCUCCGCCCUCGACACCACCAUCCGGGGACAGAAAGAAGCCGUGGUCCCAGCCCCGGGCACUGAAUACCGGUUUAACCUACCCGGGGACUUUUCUCGACCAUAGUACGCCGGUCGAGCAUCCUGGUCGUGUGAGCGAAUCUGGAGAUGAACAGGAUCCGCACGAUCUGGCUCUGUCGCCAAAACACAUUACAAGGACCUCGGUGGUGGACAAUAUGCUUCUCUCUCUAGAUCAGUUUACGCCAGGAUCCCCAUUGUUUAGCGAUACUCGUUUCUUCAGCAACUCGCCGGAACCCGAUCCCUACGCUUAUUCCAACAACCUCAAUAACCAUCGAUUCUCUCCGUCCCAACAUGCACGCUUCAGAAGUCGCACAUUGUCCUCAUCCAUAUCCUCCGAUAUUGGUCCAGUUUCCUAUAGCGAUGAUCCCCUUGAGUAUUCUCAUAUUCCUCGUUCUAGCGGCCGCAGAAGCAAUGGGAGCUCCUCGCUUCAGCCCUCACAGCAGCGUUAUGACACUGCCCGUAGUAGAGAAAGCGUUGGCUCUGCUUACUUGACCAGGAAUUACGACGUCGAAGAGGAAACAACGUCACCCCAUGUCCGAUCGAGGUAUUCGGUUCGUCAAGGAAGCAAAGAUAGCACAAACAGUGCCGACUAUGAUGACCCUGCCUUUGAUGAGCCCUAUAUAUUAAAUAACCAUAGACGUUCCAUGAGUUUGGAUUAUGGCUCCAGGCCUGCGUUUCUAGCAAACACGUUGCAUAGUUCAGAGUUGAUUCUGGAUGAUUUGGAAGCAGCACCUACUCCCACUGUUCCUCCUGGUCCGAGACGGGAUCUCUCUGGUGGACUUCCCGGCAGCCUUUCUCAGCCGCGAACUCCAGCCUUAUCUCGCAGAAACAGCAACAGAUCAGCCAGGAGUACAUUGACGCGCAAGGGGCGCACGGAAACACUGGGAACAUCGACUAUAAAAUACAACGUCGAUACACCCCGACCUCCUCUUCCUUCCUCGUUUAUCGAUCCUUCUGCCCCAAGUCCUACCAUUUCGUACCAAAAACCUAUACUUCCCCAGGCAGAUUCGGUCCCAGCCAAGGAGAAACACGGCUUUUUCAGACGGGUUUUUGGGUCUUCCAAAAUUUCUUCGGAACAGUCAACUCCUGAAAAUACCAAAGUGUCGACACCGAAGUCGGAUAAUACCACAACUCCGAGUCAGCCUCGCCAGGAAUAUGCCCAUCCCGUAGUAGCUAAAAAGGCGUCCUCCUUCUUCCGCAGACGAAAGAAGUCUAUUCCUGAUAAUAUACCGCCACCGUUAAAUCUAACACCCAAUGCCUCAAAGGCUUUGGAUAUGCACGCAGAGCCGAGUCCCGCGAGCAGUCUUCGACAAACUAUGGAUCCUUACCUGUCGCAUACAACUCCUUCAUUUCAAAAAGUCAUGAAAGACUACCCAGAAGAUGCUUCAACGCAUAUCCGAGAGCACGAUCCUAGAGUACACCUAGGUCCCAGCCAAUCUUUGCUGGACGAUAGCACACCUCGCCCAGCUGGGCGGCAGACUCGAACCGCUGAUAACCAAAACCAGACUACAUCGACGAAUAAGCAUGUCAAUGAAAAUGCGAGCAGCAGCAACAAAAGUGCGUACAGGCCUCAGACAAGCCCACUCGCGCCUCGUUAUAAUCUGUUCACGGCAAAUUCCCAAUCUUCUGUGCCGGAAAAGAACUUGCAUAUUAAUACUUCGAGCAACAAUCUUCUUCCGCCUUUGGAAGUCCCGAGCAGCAGUUUUAUGUAUUCUGAGCCUUCCCCUAACCUUGUUCAGAGAUCUCUGAAACAUGAGCCUUCUACCGGAUCAAAUCUAUCCACUUCAGACGCUUCUCAAUAUCACACUGCUUCGAAUUCCCCCAUGAUAGAGACUCCAGUUCUCUUGACAAAGUCAACGCAGGCCAAUCAAGAGGAAUCCGAAAUUGUCUCAGCGGAGACAGUAGACGACGUCCCCACCACUGCAGACAGGGAGAAAGCACGCAAGUUAUUUGACAACCCAGAAGAAGUCGUUGGAAAUGAGGCCACGGCGGCUUGGCUGGGAGACAUUGAUCGUGCAAUGGUUCGAAAGGCCUACAUGGAUCUGUUCAAUUGGACAAACAUGGACAUUCUAGCGGCUCUACGCAGUCUAUGUACAAAGAUGGCACUGAAAGGAGAGACGCAGCAAGUUGACCGUGUUUUGGAUGCAUUGUCUAGCCGGUGGUGUGAGUGCAACUCGAAUCACGGAUUCAAGGCUGUUGACGUUGUUCACACCAUUUGCUACUCGCUUCUUCUACUGAAUACCGAUUUACAUUUGGCGGAUAUCGAUCAAAAAAUGACGAGAAACCAAUUUGUGCGUAAUACGUUGCCCACGGUGUAUAGAGUAGCCUGCGAUGCUGCACCAGAUGGAUUUGAAACUAUUCGCCCGGGUGGGAAGUCACGCCCUCAGUUAAACACAGCUGCCAGGUCUCCAAGCAUCCCUUCUGCCGAUCUUACUCUACCUAUUUCUGAAGGAGAUUUAAAACCAAAGAGGAGCUCAGUCAUCGUGGAUGGUUCUAGUAUUCACGGGCCACUAAUCUCUACGCCGUUCCAGGGUACGAUUAAAGCAUGGGAGGCGCAGAUUGAACUUGUUCUCAAAGACUUUUACAACUCUAUUCAAAAGCAGCGUCUGCCUUUGUACAAUGCACUCCCCGAGUCUGAAAGUCUUGCUCCUCCGACUACGGCAACGGGCAACAUCCUGCGUCGCAGUCCCAGCGUACUUAGCAAAGCCGGAUCAGAUGUUAUUCCACGAGGCCGAUCUGCAGAUUCUAGAAUGACCACGGGUAGAUGGUCGUCUAAACCACGAUCGCGGGCUCGACUAUACCCUGCGUCCAAUAUGGGCUCGAGUCGCACAAGUCUUGACGACCAAUCAUCAGUAUGGAGUCCCUCGGCGUCGAGUACCUGGAGUAAGUACUCUCUCGGCAAAACGAUGACUUCAAUGUCAGUGGAUUCUCUGGGGUCUGAAUACCACCGAGGCGGGUACCAGCAGUCAAUCGGGUUUGCGAAUGCUCUCAGUCACGCCAUCAUUCGCGAGGACUCGGCAAACUCGGUUUCGAGUUUUGAGGAUCCAGGCACUGCCAAUCCAGUCCUAGAAGAUGAGACCCUAGAACUCAUGGGUGCUCCAUGGGCCAAGGAAGGCAGUCUUAAACACAAGCAACAUCUGGAAGCGGUCGACAAGAAGGCCAAAGAUCGCAAUUGGAACGAGUGCUUCGCUGUUAUUCAACGCGGAUGGCUACGGCUUUUCUCCUUCAAUGCCACUACGAAAUCGAUGCGAAUGAAAUCUAAACAGCGUCAGUUAGGAGCAGGAGGCGGCGUUGUGGGAGGGGGUAAUUGGAUGGAAAAUGCAGAAGAAGUCUGGAAGUUCCUUCUUCGUCAGACCAUCGCAAGCGCAUUGCCUCCACCGGGCUAUUCCAAAUCACGUCCUCAUGUAUGGGCGCUCAGCUUGCCAACAGGAGCCGUCCAUCUCUUCCAAGUCGGUACGGCCGAAAUUGUGCGCGAAUUCGUCACUACGGCCAAUUAUUGGAGCGCUCGGCUUUCAAAGCAGCCUCUAGUAGGAGGGGUGAGCAAUAUGGAGUACGGCUGGAGUGAUGCAAUUAUCAAUGGCGCGCUGAUUCAUGGAGACUACCAUCAUCGGUCGCCGCCCCAUUCAUCUGGAGCCGCUUCUGCUCCUGCCGCUGCUCCACGACCAAGUUUCCAGAGUUCCAUCCGCAGUUCUCUUGACCAACAAGGAGGUGUUCGUGCAAAACUUCCCGCCGAUCGAGUACACCUCAGCGACUGGAUGCCGCCUCAGCAGAGCAUGAAUGCCUCGAACCUAACGGAAUCAGAGCAACUAAAAGCACUGCAGGAUUACGUUAAAAACGUGGAGGACGACUUGCAGAAACACAACGAACUCCGCCCAGCAAUGCUACUGGCUUUUUCGCCUCGGCACCCAAACGCAGCCAAGGCGAUGGCAAAUUGGGAGCGGAAAUCUUCUUAUUUGUUAAGGGAGAUUGUCAAGUUUCGCACUUAUAUUGACUGCUUAGUUGCGGCCAAUGCGCACAAGGAGAAGAUUUAUGCUUCGAGAGUGGAAGAUAACAACGACAACGAUACAGCUGAAGAUGCUGUCGUAUCUAUUGAGUCAGCAGUUGAUUCUGCUACUACUAAAUGA